GCAGAGGAGGACGGGAUGAACGCAUCGGACAAUGUUUACAUGGUCAUCUACAUCCGACAGCUAGUUUUGACAGCCUUCCCGGACAAUGACCUGACCACGUCUAACUCCGCAAUCGAGGCUCGUCUCAAGACUGAGGUGGAGGAAGAGGACGAGUUGCUUCUUGCCAAGAAGAAAGCUGCUCACCAUAAUUUUAUCCAGCGUUACAACCUGAUUAAUCUUGUAGCAUCCACGCCUAAAAUUGGUCCAGUGCGAGACUACUACUUCUUCUCAAACUGUUGGAUUCGUGAAUUUUUAAGAAGCAUUGACUUUCCAGGAGACCUGAUUCCUGUCAACAAUCAGAGCAUCAUGUGUGUUCAUGGGAAGGUCGCUCCUCCUAAACCCAAUCCAACCACCGUGGCGUAUAGGGUCGUCCCCCCAAAAAUUGCUGCGAAAAUCUACGAAGUUUUUGGUGGUGGACCAGAUUUACUUGUUGGUCGAAACCUUUGCCGACCGUGCGUGGACCUCAUGAGAAAAAAGUUAGCCGAACAACAAAGAAAAUCGGACGAGUUGGAGCAAAUGGACACAGACGUUGAAAUUGAAGGCAUUUCUAAUGAUAAGAAAGACCAAGAGUUUUCCAUCAACGUACGCUUGGCAAAGGUGGCUGGAGGAGAUAAUAAAAAGCCUCGCCAAAAUGGGAGUCCUCUUCUCGUCGAGGGCGGCAGGACGCUUCAAUGGCUGGUGUACCAGCUCGGUCUAAUUCUGGACAGAAGCUGGCAAGAAAUUUCGAUCGAGUUCAACGGGGUGAAGCUGCUAGACCUGGACAAGUCAAUUUCCGAUCAUGGAAUUAUACCUGACGCUGAAAUUCAAGUCUGGACUCCUGACAUGGACCAUUAUGACGACCAAUAAUUGCCCUAGGAAUAAAUUGCAUGCUUUAGAAAUAUAAAAAAAUGUAUACGCUUCAAAAAUUGCAUACAUAAAUAGCCAAAGAUUUGGCGACAUGUAUGACGUCA